AACUAAUUCUAUUAAAAUGAUGUAAAUGGAAAAAUAGAUUGGAAUAUAUUGUCAAGAUGACUAACAUUUCCAUAGAGGGCGGAAAAUAAAAUACUUGAUGGUCAAAAAAGAUAAGGGUUCGAUUCAAAAAAGGUUAUUCUGUGACGAAUGUUUCUUCGGACAGUAUAACUCUUUACAAUAACAUUGCUGUAAUCUUGAGGAGGUACAAUCCUUAAUAAUUAAUUAAAGCUUAUAAAAGGCAGAAAUUAUGAGGCUUUUAAAUACACUAAAUUUGAUAGCGAUUAUAAACAAUAAUAUUUCAAUUACGCUAGAAAUCACCAUCCUUAUUUAGACACUGAAUUUAUUUAAAAUGUAUAACAAUUUUAUUAUACCUAGAUGAUUUCAUCUUUAGAGGAAGAAAUACUAUCAAAGAUUCAAGAUCUGAUAGAUUUAUUUAAGAAAUAAAUUGAGGUAUAUCUAAAUGAAGUAAAUAAAUGGACUGAAAAUCCAAGAAUCACUAACUAUUUUAAUUGUGAUGAAUUAAAGGAGGUCUUACUUAAUGAAAAAUUUGAAAGAAGUCCAGAAAUGUUUAAAGAAUUAAAUGAAAAGGCUGAAAUUUAUGUUGAGAAAAUAAAUAAGGUUGAUUAGAAAAUUGAUGAAGAAGGUAUUUUCAAAAUAGAUGAAAUUGUUAGCAAAUAAAAACAUUUGUAAGCCUUUAUAAUAUUUAAAUAGUUUUAACCUAGAUAGAUUCAAUGCUGGUUUUAAAGAUAUAAUGCAAUCAAUCUAAAAAAUAGAAGAAAGAACAUUUUCAGAUUAUAAAUUUUAGACAUCUACUUUAGCCACUCCAUAUUUUGAAACUAUAGUUAAAAAAAUUGCACCAGGAGAGGAAGAAAAAUUCUCAAAAAAUAUGAUAAGAAUUUAUAGGAUGACUCAACAUGGAUCAAAUUAUUAAACAUUAUAAAAAAUAGAUUUAUUAUAAAAAGCCAAUACAAUUACUAUAAUUUAAACAAAGAACAAUUGCAUAUUUGGAGUUUAUACUUGUAUUGCAAAUCCUGAAAAAUCAAUUCUAUUUUAAAUGAAUAAAGAACAAUUUUUUUAGAUCAAAAAAAACAAGAAACCUCUUCAAUUAAAUUUAUAGGCGAAUAAGGAAAAUUGGAUUUUGAAAUUUGGAGAUGAGGAUAUUGUUAUAAAUUCUACAUUUACACAAUGUGUAUCUAAAUUAGGAAAUGGUUUUGAUAUUAGUGGAUCUGAAAUUUCCAAUUCAGAAGAAUAUCUUGCAAAUUCUAAAAAAUUUGAUGUUUAUGAUAUCGAAAUUUUCUAAACUUCUUAGCCAAUACCCAUCCGAAUAACCCCACCUCUAAUCAUUCAGAACCAAAUCCCUCAAAGAACCUCUCAAGGAACCUAACAAAUACCCUCUCAAGGAACCUCACUGAUAUCAAUACCCCCACUCGGAUCACAAGGAUUUACACCCCUAUCCGGAUCACAAGGAUCUACACCCCCAACCGGAUCACAAGGAUUUACACCACCACCCGGAUCACAAGGAUUUACACCACCACCCGGAUCACAAGGAUUUACACCACCACCCGGAUCACAAGGAUUUACACCACCAUAAAUAAUCGGACCCCAAACGGGUUUGCAAUAGAAAACGAAUUUUGUAACUCAAGACCUAGAUCGAAAUGCAUUAUAAAUCUUGAAUAACCCAAUUUAAAAUGGUUAAAAACCAACAGCGUUAAAUAUAAAUCAGACUCUUUAGUCAAAUCCUAAAUGA